AACAUGGUCAUGUUAUCUCUUGUUCUGCUUCUGCUUUCAGUCCAGUGGUCCUGGGCUCAGGAAGACCCUCUUCUGCCUUUCUCUGAACACCUGGACCUCGAGCACAAGGUGCAGCUGAAGUGGGGAUUCAAUGAGAUCCAGGGCACAAUCUUGUUCGAGCUCACGGUCAACACCAGCGGCUGGGUCGGUUUUGGCUUCAGCCCCAAAGGAGGAAUGACUGGAGCCGAUAUCGUCAUUGGAGGAGUUGGACCCAAAGGCAGUUACUUCACGGAUCGUCAUGCUGGGGGGAAUUCAAUGCCAGUGAUUGACCAGAAACAGAACUACAAACUCCUGUCUCUGACCGAGUCUGAUGGGAAAACAGUCAUGAAAUUUCAGAGGUCCAUCGAGGCUUGUGAUGAAAACGACUUAACCAUCACUAAUCUCCCCAUGAAGCUGAUCUAUGCGUACGGGCAGACUGAUGACAUCAUGUACCACAGCACCCAAAGAGGCACAAAAGAGCUGAACCUGUCGAAGUACAUGCCUCGGGUCAACCCUCCAAACAGCAAGUAUUUCGACAUGACUAUGAUCAAUUUCACUGUACCAGCCAACCAAACCCACUAUCACUGCAAAAUCAUGAAAGCCCCGACAUUUGAUCGAAAACAGCACAUUUAUCGCAUUGAGCCGGUGAUCACAAACUUUGACCUCGUGCAUCAUCUGCUGCUGUACCGCUGCCCUCCGAGCGUGACCGAGCCGUUUGAGGCAGAGUGUUACACAUCGUUAAGAACCAACUUGUGUAUGGAGACCAUUGCAGUGUGGGGAGUUGGUGGAGGGGCUUUUGAACUCCCUGAAGUGGCAGGACUUCCAAUUGGAGGAAAUGUUAGUGAUUUUUUCUACAGGCUUGAAGUGCAUUACAACAAUGCUAAUAAAAGUACAGGUCGAGUUGAUAACUCAGGUCUGCGAUUCCAUUACACUUCUGAAUUCCGUCAGCACGAUGCAGCUGUUUUGGGGACAGGGCUUGUAAUAGCUCCUUGGUACGCCAUCCCACCCAAAGCCAAAUCCUUCCUCACGUACGGCCUGUGUGACACUGCUUAUAUUCCAAAGGUUCUGGAGACGCCACGUGAUCUUCAGGUGUUCUCUUUGAUGCUGCACACACACUUAGCUGGACGGAAGGUGCGAGUCGGACACUUCAGAGGGGAAAAACAGAUUGAUUUCUUAGCUGUGGAUGAAAACUAUGAUUUUGAAUACCAGGACGUGACAAAUUUGGGCAAAACUAAGACAGUGAAGUUGCUUAAUUCACUGCUUCUCUACAUUAAAAUGUCAUUUUUAUGUCUGCCCGCAGGGGGGCUCUCAACUUCAGAUGAGAUGUGUUUGGCCUUCCUCUUCUACUAUCCAGCUAUGAAUCUGAGCGGCUGUAUGAGCCUCCCUAAUGCAACUACUUUAAUAUCUGAGAUGGGAACGCCAGAUCUAAAUACUUGGCUCAAUAUGAUGUCCAUGAAGACUUGGAAUGACACGUCUAUCAAUCAAUACCAACAAACACUGAAGAGAAUCGACCAGCUCGUCGUAAUUGCGGAUUCAUUUAAAAACAUAUCACGCAACACAGGGCUGAUUCCUAACCUCAGUGUCAUCCCGUCUGCACCCUGCAUGAGCGGUUGUGACACCAAAAAUCUUGCUUUACUAUGGCUGCUUCUCUGUUUGUUAGUGCAGUUCAUGCAAAAAUACUACUGA